GUGUGUGUGUGUGUGUGUGUGUGGAGUCAGAGAGAGCAGACAUACUUUGGGUCAAACACCUAUGGAUUAUGGUUUUUGUGUGAAGAAAGUGAACUUAUUUUAAGUGAUUUUUUUCACUUCACCUGUUUACACAUCAGGAUUUAUUGUGGAUCUGUGGGUGCGGUGUGGACCCGGGAUGAUGGCGUGGAGUUUACACACUUAAAGCAGGGAAGGAUUACCUGCACAGAUCCUGACAGAUGAUGAGAGUGAUGUUCUGUGACAUGUUCAAGUGGCCUGUAUGAUUAAUAAGCAUCACGCUGUAGCUGUAUUGGGACACAUCGAUGGCUCCUAAUAAACAGUCGUCCCGCGGCUGGGCCUCCAUCCUGUGCUGCUUUAAGAGAAGCGAGCAGCCUGAGAUCACCUACAGAGUCGGCCAUGACACCAACCUCACACUGCACACCAUGGAGCCCAGACUGCCCAUUCCACCUGCAGAGGAGCUGGACGCCAUGUUCUCCGAGCUGGUGGAUGAACUGGACCUGACUGAUACACACAGAGCGGCUAUGUUCGCUCUCCCUGCUGAGAAAAAAUGGCAGAUAUACUGCAGCAAGAAGAUGGAGCAGGAGGAGAAUAAAGGAGCCACCAGCUGGCCAGAUUAUUAUAUAGACCAGAUCAACUCCAUAUCUGCUAGGAAGACAGUUUUGGCUCUGGAGAAGGAGGAUGAAGAAGAGAGGAACAAAACUGUUGAGGGUUUGAAGACGGCAUUGAGGACACAACCCAUGAGCUUUGUGACCCGGUUCAUGGACCAGGACGGCCUGACGUGUCUGCUGAACUUCCUGAAGAACAUGGAGUACGAGACGAGCGAGUCUCAGAUCCACACCUCUCUGAUCGGCUGCAUCAAGGCUCUGAUGAACAACUCUCAGGGCCGUGCUCAUGUCCUGUCUCAUCCUGAGAGCAUCAACAUCAUCUCCCAGAGCCUCAACACAGAGAACAUCCGCACCAAAGUGGCCGUGCUGGAGAUCCUGGGCGCCGUGUGUCUCGUCCCCGGCGGCCACCGCAAGGUCCUGGAGGCCAUGCUGCACUACCAGAAAUACGCCAGCGAGAGGACGCGCUUCCAGACUCUAGUGAACGAGUUGGACAGGAGUACGGGUCGCUACAGAGACGAAGUGAACCUGAAGACGGCCGCCAUGUCCUUCAUUAAUGCCGUACUCAGUCAGGGAGCUGGAGAGUCGAGUCUGGACUUCAGGAUUCACUUACGUUACGAGUUCCUCAUGCUGGGAAUCCAGCCGGUCAUCGACAAACUGCGGAGCCACGAGAACGAGACUCUGGACCGGCAUCUGGAUUACUUUGAGCUGAAGAGAAAUGAGGACGAGUUGGAGUUGUCCAAGCGCUUUGAGAAGGUACAUAUCGACACUAAGAGCGCCUCGCAGGUGUUUGAGCUCAUCCGUAAGAGGAUCAACCACACCGAGGUCUUUCCACACUUCCUGUCCAUCCUCCAGCACUGUCUCCACAUGCCAUAUAAGCGGAGCGGGAACACGCUGCACUACUGGCUCCUCCUCGACCGAAUCGUCCAGCAGAUCGUCCUACAGACCGAUAAAGGUCACGACCCCGACGUCGCUCCUCUGGAGAACUUCAAUGUGAAGAACGUGGUGAAAAUGUUGGUGAAUGAGAAUGAGGUGAAACAGUGGAAAGAGCAGGUGGAGAAGAUGAGGAAAGAACACAACGAGCUGCAGCAGAAGCUGGAGAAGAAGGAGCGAGAAUGUGAAGUGAAGGCGCAGGAGAAGGAGGAGAUGAUGCAGACGCUCGGUAAGAUGAAGGAUAAACUGGAGAAGGAGAACAACGAGCACAAACUCACCAAACAGCAAGUGGCUUCACUCACAGCUCAGCUUCAUGAGCUCAGUACUAGGGCAGUCCUUCCUGGAGCUCCUUCUCACGUCCCUGAAACUCCAGGUGCUCCAUCUGCUGCUUUACCUGUAACACUGGGCCAAGUUGCUCCUCCUCCCCCUCCUCCUCCUGCUCCAGGUGGGAUUCCUCCUCCUCCACCUCCACCUCCUCCUGGAGCUCCUCCCCCACCUCUUGGACUUUUUGGUUCUCCUGGAUCCUCGGCACAGAAGAAGAACAUUCCUCAACCUUCAAAUCCUCUGAAGUCAUUCAACUGGGCCAAACUUAAUGAGAACAAGCUCGAAGGAACUCUGUGGACGGAUCUAGAUGACCUCAGAGUUUUUAAAAUCCUGGACCUGGAGGACAUCGAGAGAAUGUUUUCAGCCUACCAGAGACAGCAGAAAGAGUCUGGUGAUGAAACUGUCAAGAAAGUGAAGGAGCUGUCGGUCAUCGACGGACGUCGAGCACAGAACUGCAACAUCCUGCUUUCGCGGUUAAAGUUGACCAACGAUGAGAUAAAGAAGGCCAUAAUGACCAUGGACGAGCAGGAGGACCUUCCCAAAGACAUGCUGGAGCAGUUGCUGAAGUUUGUCCCAGAGAAGAGCGACAUCGACCUUCUGGAGGAACACAAACACGAGUUGGACAGGAUGGCCAAAGCCGACCGCUUCCUCUAUGACAUGAGCAGGAUUAAUCACUAUCAGCAGAGACUGCAGUCGCUCUACUUCAAGAAGAAGUUUGCUGAAAGAGUCGCAGACAUCAAGCCAAAAAUAGAAGCUCUCAGUCAGGCGUCUACGGAAAUGCUGAAGAGCCAAAACCUGCGCCAGCUCUUCGAGGUCGUCCUCGCGCUCGGGAACUACAUGAACAAAGGUCAAAGGGGAAACGCUUACGGCUUCAGAGUGUCCUCGCUCAACAAGAUCGCUGACACCAAGUCCAGCAUCGACAAGAACAUCACUCUGCUGCAUUACCUGAUUAUGAUUCUUGAGCAGAAAUAUCCCAAGGUGUCAUCGUUCCAUGAGGACCUGCCGAAUGUCCCAGAGGCUGCUAAAAUCAACAUGACAGAGCUGGAGAAAGAUGUCAACAACCUGCGCAGUGGUCUGAAGAGUGUGGAGGCGGAGCUGGAGUACCAGAAGAGUCGUCCCCCAGACACAGGGGAUAAGUUCGUGUCUGUGGUCAGUCAGUUCAACACUGUGGCAGGAUUCAGCUUCUCUGAGGUAGAAGAUUCUCUACAGGAAGCCAAAGAGACGUUUAAGAAGGUGGUGAAGGUGUUCGGUGAGGAUCCCAGCUCCAUGCAGCCUGACGAUUUCUUCAGGAUUUUCGAUCAGUUCCUGCAGGCGUUCGCCGAAGCCAAACAGGACAACGAGAACAUGCGCAAACGCAAAGAGGAGGAGGAGCGCAGGGCUCAGAGGGAGGCUCAGCUGAAGGAGCAGCGUGAAAAGGAGCGUAAAGCCCGUAAAGCGAGGGAGAACUGCGAGGAGGACGGAGAGUUCGACGACCUCGUCUCUGCCCUCCGCUCCGGAGAAGUGUUUGACAAAGAUCUGAGCAAAAUGAAGCGCAACCGCAAACGAGCGAACACUCAGCACCUCGAGACGAGUCGAGAGAGAACGAUCACCAAACCCAGUCUAUGAGGAAUAUUAGCACCGAUGCUAAAUUUCAUGCACUAUUUAUGCACUAUUGUGGCCUGUUAGCUGAGCGACCAAAUAAGCCAUUCAUGAGAAAUGAUCCUAAACAGAAUAAACAUCUGUAUGUUAACGACAAAUUAGCGAUGCGACCGGAUUAUUAGAGUUAAAACUGAUGUAUGGUGCAUAAUAAAACAUGCUCGCCGUGUGUUAAUGCGUCAUAUGAGCGAUAAAGUAGGAACAUUUCUAGCAAUGUUAGAAAGAAAUGAUCGACAUUAUCUUAUAGAUCUUCUAGUAUGGCCCUGUAUCUCCAUCUGGUGGUGAAGUCCGGGUAUUACAUAUUCUGAUUCUCUUCGACUAAUUAAUUUUUUUUUUCUUUUGGCGGGAAAAAAAGCACACAAACUCAAAUUUUAUUUGGAAAUAUGGACUAACUCUGUUUAUAUGUGUGUGUAAAAAUGUCUCAUGUCUCAGUGUUUGGUGCACGUUCAGUUUAACAGACCGAAUCCCACGCUGGUUCUGUAUUAAACAUGAGUGAGUCAGUGUCUGUGUGUUUCCUGCUCUGACACCUGAAUCAGCUCAGUCUCAUCAUCUCACACUUCACCAAGACUAAGCGGGUGUUUUUAAAGUGUUUUCAUGUACAAAUGAAGGCUUGAAAUGAAUCCACAUUUUGUAAUUUUUAAGUGUUGUUAUGGAAUAAAAACUGUGUAGUAUUGUU